GCGGCAGUAAUGCGCUGUUCGUUCAGCUACCGCAUCAAGCAGAAGAAGGAAGUGACAUUACCGACUGUCCUUGUGCUUUUGCGGUUUCCUUAACGUUGCAAUCUGAAGGAGAAACUCAACAUGUUUAGGCACUUAAGGACCCUUCAUCAGGUCUCCAGACGGACCAUAACCAGCAGUGCUCCCAGACAGCUGGAGAAUAAAGUCCCAGCAAAGCAGAAGUUGUUUCAGGAAGACAAUGGCAUGCCAGUUCAUUUGAAGGGAGGCGCAAAAGAUGCUCUCUUGUAUAGGGCAACAAUGGCCCUUACUGUCUUUGGGUGUGGUUUUGUGGUGUAUUCGCUUGUCGAUGCAGCACUGCCUAAGAAGAAGUAAUACACAUUCCCAUCCAUUUACCUCUCUGAGCUUCAAAGAUCAUUAAUCCUCAGAUUUGUCCUUGUCAGAUAUUUUGAAUACAUGGAUCAAUAUUUAUUGAUUGUACUUUGAAGAGCAAUCAUAUGUAAUAAAAUGUCACACUGUACAAACAGA